CUUCUUUAGCAUCUUUCAAUUAAACUACCAAAAAGAAGAUCAAAAUCCAUUAGAGCUUAAUUAGUUCAAUGGACAAUAAUUAUCUUUGGGAGAUCUUCACUAAUAAUAAACAAAACAUUAGUGAAGAUCUUGAUGAUGAUCAUCAUCACCACCUACUUCAGAUUCCUAAUUUCCAAUUAAAUGGAUUUUCCCAACAAGAUAAUAAAGAUCUCAUAGAGGAUCAUGUUGGUUCGUCAGUUAUUACGUCUCAAUUUCAAACAAGUUGUGAUCAGCUAUACAAAUCUUCAACCGUCAACAGAAGUACUUCAAUUAUUACGCCUCAAUUCCAAACAAGUAGUAAUUGUCUAUAUAAAUCUCUAAUCAGUACAAGAAGUACUUCAAUUAUUGCGCCUAAGUUCCAAACAGGUUGUGAUCGGUUAUAUAAAUCUUCAGUCAACAAAAGUACUACAAUUAUUGCACCUGGUCAGCUCCAGACAAGUUGUGAUCCACUAUAUAACUCUUCAAUUGAUGCUGAAAGUACUAAUCUUGAUAGUACUAAGGAGGGGUUAAGAAGUGAUGAAUCAAAUAAGCUCAAGAAACUUGUGCAUAGAAAUAUUGAAAGGCAUAGAAGGCAAGAUAUGGCAAAACUUGUUACUUCUCUAAGAUCUCUAAUUCCCAUUGAGUUCAUCAAGGGUAAACGUUCAGCAUCAGACCAUAUGCAUGAAGCUGUGAAUUAUAUAAAGUAUCUUCAGAAGAAUAUACAAGAGUUGGAUAAUACAAGAAAAAAUAUCAAGAAUAUUAUUUCAUUGGAUGAUCAAAAUAAAAGUUCAAAAAUUAUUAAUUUUCAGCAAAAUAAUAAUUGUGUCAAAGUGAAUAAAUGUGAAGAUGGUAUGGAGAUUUUGAUUAAUGUCAACAAUAGCCAUAAAGAGGAAAUAUUUUCUUUGUCCAAAGUGCUGAGAUGGCUACAUGAAGAAGGGCUAAAUGUGGUUACUUGUGAUAAUUCCAAACAAGAAGAAUGGACUUUCAUCAGGAUCCAAUGUCAGGUGAGUGAUAUAUCAUCAGGUCUCACUGUAGUUGGGCUGCAAAAGAAACUGACUGAUGUGGUUAAUUAGCGUGAAAAAAGACUUGGAUUUAGAAUUUA